AUGCCCCAAUGUACUGCCCCCGUUGAUGGAAUCGUCGGCUCAUACACUGGGAACAGCUUCGCUCUUCAGGCUACCAUUGCAGCCCUUCUCGGGCUAGCCCUGUAUAGCGCACUGGAGCUCAUAGUCCUGGUGUUUUCCAUGUUUCAUAUCUACAGUGGACUAUACUUCUGGAGUCUCCUGAUCACGGCCUUGCUUGGCGUGAUUCCCGAUGCGUUAGGCCUGCUUUUGAAGUAUUUCAAGCUGGCGCCUAUCUGGAUACCCGUCACAUUAUCCACAGGGGGCUGGGCUAUCAUGGUGACUGGGCAAUCGCUGGUUCUAUACUCCCGGCUACAUCUCAUACUCCGUGACCAAAGGAUCCUACGCUGUGUCCUGGCAAUGAUCAUUGUCGAUGCCAUUAUCCUGCAAGUCCCUCAGAUUAUCGCUUCCUAUGGGGUCAUAUACGCAUGCCAUCUUGCUUUUGGUCCAUUCUUCAACACCUGGGAGAAGGUUCAGCUCACAGGGUUCUUUGUCCAAGAAAUUGUGAUCUCAAGUAUCUUCAUUGUACAAACCGUCAAUCUGUUACGCAGUUACCCGACGAGAAGCAAGCGAAGGACCGACAUCAUGUACCAGCUUCUGGUGAUCAACCUAGCCAUAAUUCUCAUGGACAUUUCUCUCAUUGUGAUCGAGUUUAUUGGACUGUUCAUUAUUCAGACUGUCCUCAAGACAUUUUUCUACACUAUCAAGCUGAAGUUGGAGAUUGCAGUGCUGUCAAGACUCGUCUCAUUUGCACCGGUGGUGGUGAUGAACACCAAUUCCGGCGAGCGCCAGGUCGGCCGCAGAGCGCAGAUGUCCAACAUCACCGCUGCUAAGACUGUUGCGGAUAUCAUCCGCUCAUGUCUCGGACCUAAGGCCAUGCUGAAGAUGCUGCUCGACCCUAUGGGUGGUAUUGUCCUGACCAAUGAUGGACACGCUAUCCUGCGAGAAAUCGAGGUGUCGCACCCUGCGGCCAAGAGCAUGAUCGAGCUCAGCCGUACCCAGGAUGAGGAAGUUGGAGAUGGAACCACAACAGUCAUCAUCCUUGCCGGUGAGAUGCUCGCCCAGGCCAUCCCCCAGCUCGAACGCAACAUCCACCCCGUCGUCAUUAUCCAGGCUUUCAAGCGUGCCCUCGCCGAUGCCCUCCAGAUCGUGGAGGAGGUUUCCAAACCCGUCGACAUCAACGACGACAAGGUCAUGUACUCUCUCAUCCAGUCUUCCAUCGGAACCAAGUUCGUGUCCCGGUGGUCAGAGCUCAUGUGCAGCUUGGCUCUGCGCGCUGUGCGAACCGUCUCUUUCGACGUUGGUGGUGGCAAGCAGGAAGUCGACAUCAAGCGUUACGCCCGUGUUGAGAAGAUCCCCGGUGGACAGAUCGAAGACUCCGAGGUCAUCGACGGUGUUAUGGUCAACAAGGAUAUCACGCAUCCCAAGAUGCGCCGCAGAAUCGAAAACCCCCGCAUCCUUCUGCUCGACUGCCCUCUGGAGUACAAGAAGGGCGAGUCUCAGACCAACAUUGAGAUCUCCAAGGAGGACGACUGGAACCGCAUUCUCCAGAUUGAGGAGGAGCAAGUUAAGCACAUGUGCGAGGCUGUCCUUGCUUUCAAGCCUGACGUUGUUAUCACCGAGAAGGGUAUCUCCGAUCUCGCACAGCACUUCCUGAUGAAGGCCAACAUCACAGCCCUCCGCCGCGUGCGAAAGACCGACAACAACCGUAUCGCUCGUGCAAGCGGUGCCACCAUCGUCAACCGCGUUGACGACAUCCAGGAAUCUGAUAUCGGUACUGGGUGUGGAUUGUUCGAGAUUGAGAAGAUUGGCGACGAGUACUUCACAUUCAUGCGCAAGUGCAAGUCCCCGAAGGCCUGCACAAUCCUGCUGCGCGGCCCCUCAAAGGAUAUCCUCAACGAGGUCGAGCGCAACCUGCAGGAUGCCAUGUCCGUUGCUCGCAACGUGAUCUUCCACCCUCGUCUCUCCCCCGGUGGUGGUGCCGUGGAGAUGGCUGUCUCCGUGAAGCUGAGCCAGCUUGCCCGCUCCGUCGAGGGUGUCCAGCAGUGGCCCUACAAGGCCGUGGCGGACGCCAUGGAGGUCAUUCCCCGUACAUUGGCCCAGAACGCCGGUGCCAGCCCCAUCCGUGUGCUCACCCAACUUCGUGCCAAGCACGUUGAGGGCCACAACAGCUGGGGUCUGGACGGUGACUCCGGCAAGCUUGUCGACAUGAAGGAAUAUGGUGUCUGGGAGCCCGAGGCUGUCAAGCUCCAGAGCAUCAAGACUGCUGUCGAGUCUGCAUGCCUGCUCCUCCGUGUCGACGACAUCUGCAGCGGCAAGUCCGCCCAGCAGCUUGCCAGCGGCGGCGGUGGCGGCGAGGAAUAA